AUAGAGUUCCUGUCAUGAUCCUGGGCCAUGUUGGCCCAGCAUUCUUGGUUCUCGUGUAUUUUUGUAUUUCUUUAUUUAGGCCAUGGUUCCUGGGUUGCUCUGUUAAGUUGUUUCUUAUUUGAUUUCCCCUUGUGACUUUUACCCCCUGUGUGCCCCUCUGUGUAUCUGUGAGCCCUCGUCUCCCCUCCUUGUGUUUUAUUCCAUGUUUUCCCCAGCCCGUUAUGUCUGUGCUCUCUCCUCCUGUCUGAACCUUUGUACUUCCUGUUUUACUUUGACAGUCUCUCGUCAGUGUUGCGUUUUCUCCUGCCUUGUCUUGUUAUGAUUAUCAGUGUCACCUGUGUUCCUCGUGUGCUCCCACUUCCCUCGUUAACCCUCUGUGUAUUUAGGUCUGCGUCUCCCUCAGUUCUGUGUCGCGUUCUCCGUCAUGCUGUGUGUUUCUACCUGUAGCUCCCUGUGUGUUUUGUUAGAGUCUUCCCAGUUUAGAUUUUGUAGAGUUUUUGUGUUCAGCAAUAAAAGCUGCCAUUUUGAGUUCAGUCCAGUCUCCAGUGAGUUUGCGUUUGGGUCCAAUUCCUGCCGGCACACAGCCGAAUCAUGACAGAAGAACGCGACCACGACAUGGACCCAGCAGCUCACAAUCCCUCCGCUGAGCUCCGUGAGGAUUUAAUCUACACAGUGGAGUAUCACUGUCAGGAGUGGGCAGCGCUGCCAGGGGAAGAGUAUCGGGAGACCGUAGCCAUUCGGUUACAGAGGAUGGUGUCCGGACUCCCAUGGCUAUUCGGCGCGCUACACCCCCACAUCCAGGAUUUCCUCGUCUCCACCGUACGCAUCCGCCCGGAGCUGCCGCUCCGGUAUGAAGAGCCGGAGGACGUUCAGCCCGGUCCGCUGGAGGAUUCGCGGCCUGGCUCGUCUCCUCCCCCUUCUCGGCGAAAACGGCGUUCACGCCGCCGUCGCUCCUGUACAGCCAAGCAGGCUGCACCCGUGGGAGAGAGUGACUGUGCUUCACACACUCCGCCCAAGCUUUCUGAUUCCGGACUCCAUGACUUAUCCCCCACUGUGAGUAGCACUGUUUGGCCCUCCGUGCCUAUUGUGCAGCCUAACUCGGACAAUUCUGCCGUUUUGUGUUUGGACUCUAAAGACACUAUUCAGCGAGGCACCUCCGUGUCAGAUAAUUCACCAGUUGCUCUCACUAGUAAUCUUCGUGUUUCUGGGCCCUCAGAUUUUUGUAAUGCUCGCAGUGUCUCCUCUGAGUUAGCUAGUAUGAAUGUUUCACCUGUAGAGUUAGCUGAACCUAAGACUGUUAUCCUACACCAGACUCACCUACAUACUGCUACCAGCAUUGUAGCCCCGCAGAACUGUUUUAAUCAGCCUGUAUGUUCUGAGGUUUCCCAGUCCGAGCUCAGCCGCACACCACCACCACCACCAUCAGCUCUAGAUAUAACAGUGUAUGCUGUGGAGCACAAACCAUCCGAGACUGAGUGUUCUAUAGCUGAUGCUCCUUCAAAUGACUGUUUCAUGUUCCAGCCCGUUUUGUCUUUAGACAUUUCUGAUAUUUCUCAGCCAACUUCUCAACCAGCCACUGCUCUCUCAGCUCCUCAAGGAGUUACUGUGAAUGAGGCCUGUGUUGCUGAGCAAGCCAAUUUACCGUGUACUCCUAGCGUUCUGCCUGAGCCAGGUGACACAGACUAUUAGCCAUUCCUCUGCUAUGAACAGUUUAAUCUUUAAA